AUGAGUAUUGCAUACUUGGAAACGCUCUUGCCGAUCCACGAAUCUGACCAGGAUGGUAAGGCAGAUGAGUCUUUACUAGAGGAUCUUUCGGGCCACGACAUUGGCCUUUUAUCGGCCAAGUAUGAGGAGUUCCUAGACUCCAUGGCUCCUUACAAAGAGAAGCUUCAACCAAUCGAGAAGUUUCUCGAUUACUUCAACACUGAGGUAUGCAAGCUUUCUGACUCCUUGUUGUCGCUUCAACAGCAAUCGUCCCAGCUCACUUCGAACCUAGGUCUGCAAAGAGAGUUGGUAGACCAGCUCAAUCCAGUUAUUCUUGACUUGGUGAUCCCUCCACUGGUUUCCAAAAGCAUAGUCGUCGACCCUGUCGACGAGCUGUGGAUUGAAAACAUACGUUUCAUUGUGGAAAAGCAGCAACUCAUAAAGAAGGUGAAAAGUGUCCAGCUGACCGAUAAGGACCUGCUGUUCUUGGCGCCUUACAAGGACUCCAAAGCCUUUGAGGAGCUUCAAAAGGGUAUCAAGAUGUUGGAGGCCAAGGCAAUUGAGCGUAUUAGAGACCACGUCAUUAAUCAAAUUCGACUUCUAAGGAAGUCCCUCAAGACCUCGUCACAGAUCGUUCAAGAAGGUCUUUUGCAAAUCAAAGAGGCUUUCUACUUUUUGAAGGAAAGACAUCCCACACUUGCCAACCAGCUUCAACUUGCAUAUAUCUUCACCAUGAAGUGGUACUAUACAACCCGUUUCGCCAAGUACCUUUACGCUAUUCAAAAACUCAAGAUAAAACAGAUAGACACGACUUACGUCUUAGGUGCCAAUGAACACGGUGAGGCUAAAAGUGGUCUCCUUGGUGGUCUUUGGGAGUCGACAUACGCCUAUGCUUCUUCACCAGCCUCCCCUAAUCCUGGUGGUCCUAAUGCAUCUCAGGGUAGCUCCAGACCUUCGCUCAACGACUACUUUUCCUCAGUCAGAAAGCGUCUCGAAAUUCUCUCUGAAGACAGCGGUGAGAGCCGUCGCUCUAUUCCAUCACAAAUUGCCGAGACCACACCUUUUGCAUACUGGUUAGAAUUCAUUUACAACCAAUGGGCAAAUGCCGUUCUUGACAAUGUCAUUGUCGAAUAUCUUUUCUUCAUUGAUUUCUUCCAUGAGGGUGACGAGAAGGCAGUGCCUAUAAAGCAGCUUGAUCCAUCCAUGAAUAUUCCUAGCGGCUCUGAUCAGACAUGGUCUCAAGUAGUGUUUGGCGAAGUUUACAAGAUGGGUCAAGACUUCGCCCAUUGGCUUUUGACAACAGCCCCACAGAGACUGAGCUCUAGAAUAGUGUCUGGUACAGGUGCAGCAGCAGCUUCUGUUGCAGGUUACUCGUAUGGUGCCACCGGCGAUGCUUACGCCAUUCUUCUAAUGAUUCGUUUGGUGCAGAACCAUCAAUACAACCUUCACAAUCGAUUCCACGUUCCAUCGAUGGAUGAUUACCACAACCGCCUUCUUCUCCAGCUCUGGCCCCAGUUCACUAGAGUUAUUGACUUAAAUUGUGAUGCACUCAAGAAGAACGUUCUAGGAACUGGGUCCUAUUCCUCAAAAAAUGCCCACCAACAACAAGCGCCGCUCAAUGUCACACAGCAAUUCUCACAAUUCUUAGCUGGUCUUCUAAGGCUUACAUUCGUUCACGACUCUGACCACGAGAAGCGGGGCUUCUUCCAAGGCGAGCCAAUCGCAAUGUCGAUAACAAGAAUUAGGAAUGAUUUCGAAGGUGCCCUUACCAAGACCAGUAACCAUAUGUUCGGAUCUGGUCGCAGCAAGGCCACGCAGAAGGAGGUGUUCCUCUUCAAUAAUUACUUUUUGAUCAUGACUAUCCUUCGAAAUGAGAUCAAGUGA